AACGAGGUUCAAUCUGAGCUGCAAAAUUCCCUAAACUCGCUCCUCUAUCUCUCCCUCGUCUCCGCCAUUUCUCCUCUCUCUCAAUCUUCGUCCACGGCGAUGAAUUGAUCUUCCUCCUCCAGAAACAACCGAGAAAGGAAAAGAGAAGAGAAGAAGAACCAAUUGUUCAGAUAAUAGAUAGAGAAGCUAGCGACAGUCCGUCGAGGUGACAGAGAAAAGAGAGGGAUUGAAAAAGGGAGCCGGUUGUUCGAUUGAUGAGUGGCGAAACACAUAAUAGAUGCAUCUAUGAAGACUGGGGGACGGAAGUCGCCACCACCGCGCCAUCUGAUGCACUUUUCCUUGUCGUCGCUGCCGCCGGUUGAGGCCUUUCAGAUGGAAUGGCAGAUUUUCCUACUUAUCUUUCCAAUUCCGACCGUGAUAUCGACCAGGGUUUCGUUUCAUCAAGUUUCGUUUCUGUCUGUACAGGCGCUCAUUGCUUUGAAGAAAGGCACCCAGUUGAUCAAAUACAGCCGCAAAGGCAAACCUAAGUUCCGCGCCUUCAGACUCUCUCCGGACGAGACUGCAUUGAUUUGGUUAUCGCACGGGCAGGAAAAGAAUUUGAAAUUGGCAUCAGUAUCUCGGAUCCUUCCCGGUCAGAGAACUGCUGUGUUUAGGAGGUACUUGCGCCCUGAGAAGGAUUGUCUCUCGUUUUCACUCAUUUACAACAAUGGCGACAGGUCCCUUGAUCUGAUCUGCAAAGACAAAGUUGAAGCAGAAGUUUGGCUUGCAGGCCUCAAGGCCAUCGUUGGAAGAAACCGGGGCAGACGCACCAGAAGUGAUAUCUCGGAUGUCAGUUCUCAAUCCACCUUCACUGGUUUCUCUGAGUUUACUGAAGGUGGAGGAGAUUACUUCUUUGGUAAUCGUCAUGGUCCAACACUAGAGCUCACGCCAAGCCUUGCUCGUGGUAGAGUCUCUAUCGAUUUAGCUUCAGAUGGUGGUGGCUCGGAGUAUGCAAAUAUGCAACUAAGACCGAGCUCUGUUGAUGGUGGUUUCCGGAUUAGUGUCUCCAGCACUCCUAGUACCUCUAGUACUGGCUCUGGCCCAGAUGAUAUCGAAUCAUUAGGUGAUGUUUACCUUUGGGGGGAAGUGUGGAGCGAUGGCUUUGCACCCGAAGGACCCAUGCCCUCUUCCUCUUCUUCUUCUUCGCGCAUCGAUGUCUUGGCUCCUAAACCCUUGGAAUCCAAUGUCGUUCUCGACGUUCAUCAGAUUGCUUGUGGGGAACGACAUGUUGCUCUUGUCACAAGGCAAGGGGAGGUCUUCACAUGGGGAGAGGAAUGUGGUGGGAGGCUUGGCCAUGGACUCGAGAAGGAUUUUAGCCGUCCUCGACUUGUUGAAGUUCUUGCAGUUACUAAUGUCGAAUUCGUGGCUUGUGGAGAGCAUCACACAUGUGCUGUAGCCGCAUCAGGUGACUUGUUUACAUGGGGAGAUGGCAGCCACAACGCUGGACUUCUUGGCCAUGGCAGCGAUGUUAGCCACUGGAUACCAAAAAGGGUAUCUGGCGGUUUGGAAGGGCUCCAGGUUUUGUCCAUUGCUUGUGGCACGUGGCAUUCUGCUCUUGCAACUUCGAGUGGCAAGUUGUUCACUUUUGGAGAUGGAGCUUUUGGUGUUCUUGGCCACGGAGAUCAAGAAAGUGUUGCAUAUCCUAAAGAAGUACAGUUACUAAGUGGGUUAAGGACGAUGAAAGUUGCUUGUGGUGUAUGGCACACGGCAGCUAUAGUUGAAGUUAUGGGCCAAGCUGGUGCAACCAUGUCGUCGAGAAAGUUGUUCACUUGGGGAGAUGGCGAUAAGUAUCGAUUAGGUCAUGGAAACAAGGAAACAUAUCUUCUUCCCACCUGUGUUUCUUCCCUUAUUGACUACAACUUCCACCAGUUAGCUUGUGGGCAUACCAUGACAGUGGCUCUCACUACCUCAGGCCAUGUGUUCACCAUGGGCAGCACCGCAUAUGGCCAGCUAGGCAACCCAAGCUCCGAUGGGAAAUCGCCAUGUCUAGUUCAAGACAAACUGGUAGGCGAGUUCGUGGAAGAAAUUUCAUGUGGCGAAUAUCAUGUUGCGGUGCUUACAUCGAGAAGCGAAGUGUUCACUUGGGGCAAAGGUGCUAAUGGAAGAUUAGGCCAUGGAGAUAUAGAAGAUAGAAAAUCUCCAACGUUGGUUGAAGCACUAAAAGACAAGCAUGUGAAGAGUAUAUCAUGUGGAUCGAAUUUCACUUCCAGCAUAUGUAUUCAUAAAUGGGUUUCAGGGGCCGACCAGUCGAUUUGUUCCGGUUGCAGGCAAGCAUUUGGGUUCACUCGAAAGAGACAUAACUGCUACAACUGUGGAUUAGUGCACUGUCAUUCUUGCAGCUCCAAAAAGGCAAUGAGAGCUGCAUUGGCACCAACGCCUGGGAAGCCACAUCGAGUCUGCGAUGCUUGCUACACAAAGCUUAAAGCUGCUGAAGCUGGUAACUCUUCUAACAUGAACAGGAAAUACACGAACCCUCGUCGAUCAGUUGACAUGAGUGUGAAAAUGGAUUUUGGUUUUCGCCCCUCAAAAGUUUUGCUAUCUCCCACCACCGAGCCUGUGAAGUACUUGGAGGUCAAGCACGGAAAGCCUGGGAUGAAAUGUGAUGAUUCGUCUAUAGUACGGGCAUCCCAAGUUCCUGCACUUACACAGCUAAAAGAUGUAGCCUUUCCGAGUUCGCUUAGUGCUAUACAAACUGCAUUGAAGCCUACUCCGGUUUCGGUAGCGUACCAGCCUCCCCCUGUGAGCAUGCCUCAGCCUACAGCGACUAGCUCGAGACCUUCUUCGCCAUACUCUAGGAGACCAAGCCCUCCUCGGUCUUCAGUUGGUGGAGUUUCUAGGAGUGUUAUUGAUAGUCUGAGGAAGACGAAUGAUAUAAUGAAACAAGACAUGGCAAAGCUGCAAAUUCAAAUAAAGAAUUUGAAGCAGAAAUGUGAUGAUCAAGACAAGGAGAUACACCAGCUACAACAACAAGCUAAAGAAGCUACUUCAUUUGCUUCGGUAGAAUCUUCGAAGCUUAAUGUUGCUAGGGAAGUCGUAACAUCAAUCACAAACCAGUUGAAAGAAGUCAAAAACCAGUUGCCUCCUGAUGUACAAGAUACAGACACGUUGAAAGCCAUUGAUGCUCAAAUAGAAGCUUUUCUAAGUGCAAACAAACCGUCUGCAUUGCCAUCAAGCUUGGAGUCUGGCGUGCAGAACAAAUCAGUUGAUGCAUCUGAACCCAAGAAAGAAGGUGGAUCCUCGCGUGAUGGACACAAUGCUGAAAGUGACACCAAGAUAAAGUUGGAGACAUCAAAUUCUAGAAAGGAUUGCCAGAGAGAGAGCAUCGAGCAGUUUGAGCCAGGAGUUUAUGUGACUUUUGUUCAGCGUCCAAAUGGCAUAAAGAUCUUCAAACGAGUCCGAUUCAGUAAGAGAAAGUUUCAGGAGCAGCAGGCAGAAGUGUGGUGGCAGGAAAACAAAGAGCGGCUUCUCAAGAGGUAUGUUCCUGCGAAAUCAGGGUCUUCUUCCCAUGCACCAGCAGCUACUACUUCAUCACCAGCUCCAACUGAGGUACAACCACCAGGUAAUCCACCACCUGCUGUGGAAACAAGCCAGGCAGAGACAUCAGAGAAUUAGGUAAUCAAAACCAUAGUUUUUUUUUAUCGGACGCAAAAGCGCUCCCUAACCUGAAAUCUUCUAAUUUUCAACAUAUGGGAAUAUAGUAUACUACAUAUACACCCACAUAGUGUUGAUGAACAAUGAACACCUAGAACCCUGUUACUGCUGAUCUCAAAAUUUUGUUUCCUUUUGUUGAAUUGUUUUCUUUUACCCCUGGAGAUUAGUUCUAGGGUUAAUUAGGAUGUACUGGUACACCAACAUGCUCCUGUGAUGUGAAGGGAGAAAGUGCAUUUGUGUACCAAUGAAUGAGAAAUGCAAGGGAAAGAAGGAAGCAUUCUGUUGAUCCUACUGGAUUUCAUUUCAGUAAUUUUGCAGCCAUUUUUCUUUUCUUUUUAGUAAAAGCAUUCAGUUUCAAUGUAGUGGAUAUUAAUUUCAUGUUUUCCCACUAGAUCAAAAUAAGGAGUUGUUUGGAAGUGGAUUCUGAAGUUAGGUUGUGCACAAGCAUCCCUGUAAUGGUGGAUUCUCAUAGAAUUGGGGAGGGAAAUUGAGGGUGUAAUGAGGUGACUAUUAUUCAUAGUAUGUUACCAUUAGUUUCAAACGUGAUAAUUUGGUGUUCGUCU